UUAGGCUGCCUGCCUGCCUGCCCUCUUGCUGUGCUCCUGCUGGAGAAAUCAGUCCUUCCUUUCCGACUUAGUCCCCAGGAAGAAGUUGCAGCCUGAGAGAAGUUUGGGGAUAAUUUUCUUGAGAAUGCCUCUCUCCUCCUAGAAGUGAUAUAUGAGAACAGAGUUCCCUGUGAAUUUUCCUGGAACAGUUCUGAGUGUCAUUGAAACAUUUGGAGAUCCUUCAAUCAAAUUCUGCAGGGAUUGGUGAUCAACCAGAAGGCUUAGAAGUGGACAUCUGAUUGCUUUCUUGUCCAGAUUCUCUGGUCUCCCUAGACCUGAAGCCACACCAUGGAUGAUUUUGAACGUCGCAGAGAACUCAGGAGGCAAAAGCGGGAAGAGAUGCGGCUCGAAGCAGAAAGGAUUGCCUACCAGAGGAAUGAUGACGAUGAGGAGGAGGCCGCCCGGGAGCGGCGCCGCCGUGCCCGGCAGGAGAGGCUGCGGCAGAAGCAAGAGGAAGAAUCCCUGGGACAGGUGACCGACCAGGUGGAGGUUAAUGCCCAGAACAGCGUGCCCGACGAGGAGGUCAAGACAACCACCUCAAACACUCAGGUGGAGGGUGAUGACGAGGCCGCAUUCCUGGAGCGCCUGGCUCGGCGGGAGGAGAGACGCCAAAAACGCCUUCAGGAAGCACUGGAGCGGCAGAAGGAGUUCGACCCAACCGUCACAGACGCAGGCUUGUCGCUACCGAGCAGAAGGAUGCAGAACAACACUGCCGAAAACGAAGCUGAAGAGAAGGAAGAAAAAAGCGACCGUCGCCAAGAAAGAUACGAGAUAGAGGAGACUGAAAUAGUCACAAAGUCCUAUCAGAAGAAUGACUGGAGGGACACUGAGGAGAAAAAGAAGGAAGAAAAGGAGAAGGAGGAAGAGGAAGAAGAGAAGCCAAAGCAGGGGAGCACUGAAGAAAAUCAGAUCAAAGAUGAGAAGAUGAAAAAGGACAAAGAGCCCAAAGAAGUGAAGAGCUUCUUGGAGGGAAAGAAGGGAUUUACAGAAGUGAAGUCACAGAAUGGAGAAUUCAUGACCCACAAACUGAAACACGCUGAGAAUGCUUUCAGCCGCCCCGGAGCAGGAGCGAGGGCUAGCGAGGCCAAGGAGGCCGAAGGCGCUUCGCAGGUGGAAGCCGGCAAGCGCCUGGAGGAGCUUCGCCGCCGCCGCGGGGAAACUGAGAGCGAGGAGUUCGAGAAGCUCAAACAGAAGCAGCAGGAGGCGGCCCUGGAGCUGGAGGAGCUGAAGAAAAAGCGGGAGGAGCGAAGGAAGGUCCUGGAAGAGGAAGAGCAGAGGCGGAAGCAGGAGGAAGCAGAGAGAAAAGUCAGAGAGGAGGAAGAGAAGAGGAGGCUAAGGGAAGAGAUCGAAAAGCGGAGGGCAGAAGCUGCUGAGAAACGUCAGAAGCUGCCCGAAGACAGCUUAUCAGAUGACAAGAAGCCAUUCAAGUGCUUCACCCCUAAAGGUUCAUCUCUCAAGAUAGAAGAGCGAGCAGAAUUUUUGAAUAAGUCUGUGCAGAAAAGCAGUGGUGUCAAAUCAACUCACCAAGCAGCAGUUGUCUCAAAGAUUGACAGCAGACUGGAGCAGUACACCAGCGCAAUUGAGGGAACAAAAACUGCAAAACCUAUGAAGCCAGCAGCCUCGGAUCUCCCUGUUCCCGCUGAAGGCGUCCGCAAUAUUAAGAGCAUGUGGGAGAAGGGGAAUGUGUUUUCAUCCCCCACCGUUUCGGGCACACCGAAUAAGGAGACUGCUGGCUUGAAGGUGGGGGUUUCCAGCCGCAUCAAUGAGUGGCUAACUAAAACCCCAGAUGGAAAUAAGUCGCCUGCUCCCAAGCCUUCUGAUUUGAGGCCAGGAGAUGUAUCUGGCAAGCGGAACCUCUGGGAAAAGCAAUCUGUGGAUAAAGUCACUUCUCCCACUAAGGUCUGAGACAGUUCAAGGAAGAACCCAAAGUAGCCGCUUCAAGAUGCUGGACCAGCUCAGUUGAAGAGGGCUAAUUUGCUCUGUUUUAUAUUUAUGUUGAUUUACUAAAUUGAGUUCAUUUCCUUUGUUUUAUUUUUCAUUAUCCCAGUAAACCCAUGUAUAUUAUCACUAUAUUUAAUAACCACAGUCUAGAGAUGUUCAUGGUAAAAGUACUGCCUUUGCACAGGAGCCUGUUUCUAAAGAAACCCAUGCUGUGAAAUAGACACUUUCCUACUGAUCAUCACAACUCUGUGUCUGAACAGUGAUACCAACCACAUUGGAGGUCAACACAAGGAGAUUCAAGUUGAAAAUUGCCUGAGGAAUGUGUGCAGUGUCCAGAAAAACGAACCGUAGUGGUUUGGUUUUGUUUGUUUUUUUAUUUUUAAUACAGAAGUCAUGUUGUUUCUGCACUUUAGAAUAAAGCAUGGAAGAAAUUAUCUCAGUGGGCAAUUGUAACACUUUCUGAAAGUAACCCAUUUCAGAUUUGAGAUACUGCAAUAAUGAUUGUCUUAAAAAAAAAAAAAAAGAAAGGAAAAAAAAGAUGUACUAUUAAGGUAUUACUUUUUUCGUGCUGAUGAAUAUCUAAAUUGGAUUAUGAUGUUAGCUGACAUUGGUACUGAUUCUUUAGGUUGGUUGCUUUGUGGAUUUCUUUGGUAGUGAUAGCGAACCACAUUUUAGAUGACCUGAUCAUGUAUGUAUGUGCAUACACAUAUACAAGCACACUAAUGGUAGAAAGCUUUUUUAUGUGCUAGACUAUUAUAUUUAGCAGUAUGUCCUUGUAACUAGCCAAUAUCACAGCUUUUUAAAAAUUAAAAAUCACAAUAUUAUAUUAAUAUUUCAUAUUUGCCAAUAGAGACAUGGCAGAAUAGGUAUUGAUAUGUUUCCAAUGCUCGAUAACCUGUAAGAAGAAAAGAGAGAUUAGAGGUGUCAAAAUGAGUUGACAUUUUCUAUAAAACAUAGUAUUUAGUUUAUAAUUAAAAGCAAUCUUGAAGUCCAGUGUGAAUUGUACUAAAUCUACCAUCUGGGUCAAACUCAAAGCUUGCUCAGAACUGUAUUCUAUUCUUAAAAUCAAGUCCACAGUAGGUUGUCUUAGGUGACAAGUGAGAUCUGAGAUCUCUUCCUUCUCUAAAAUUUAAAGACAAGAAUUUUAGUUGCAAAAUUGUACAGAUUGGAAUUCCACAUAUGGAUAUACUAUGACCAACCUUGGCUAAAGUCUGGAAGCAGAGAAGAAAAGUGAGCAAAAGCCAAUAUUCAGGAGUCACGACAGGACUUCCAUUCUUAACAGACUGAAAUGCCUUUUAAAUUAAACUUUUCUAUUUUUUUUUUUUUUUAGUCAUUGGUACUUGCCAUCAGUUGAUAAUGUGUUGAAUUUUUAAAAACUGUAUGUAACUUUUAUUAGUUUUACCUUUUCCCCCCAAGUCUAUCAACUUGUCAUUUUUACAUUUUACACACGCAACCUAGAUAUCAGAUCUUAUUUUAGCUUAUAGGUGUUCAUCUGUUCUUCACAACAGAUGAUAAAAGAGUAUCCCAGUGUCUUCGCAAUGUGUUCUAGCAUAGAGAUAUACACACAGUGUAAGUCUAUGAACUUAUACCUCAUUUGACUUAACCAAAAUUGUCUUAGUCUCAAUUCCUGCCACAAUGAGGGAGCCUCGCAAAUGCCUCUUUUCUAAUCUAUGGUAUUGUCCUGGAAGAGCUUGCCAGGGCAAGGCUGCCGCGAAGAGUAACCAUGGCCUUUCAAAGUCUAUUUUCCUCAUAAAUCAGUAAAGAGUUGUUGAAUCCUAUAGCUGUAGCACACCUGGGCCAAAGGAAGGAAAGCCACCAAGAUUGCACAAGCCAUCCACCUAUGACAGAGUAGACAUGAGUCUAUGAUAAAAUGAACUAGAAUUCACAUGCAGUGCCUAAUUUAGCAUCGACUCCCAUAAUUGGAGUGAAAUGAAUCAAAGUUUGAAUUAAGGCCAAUGGUGAGGUAACGUUGCUUUGUUGUACUUUUGAAUAAGGGCCUCUCCUGAUCACUAUUAUAUAUUUUUUCUAGAAAGUCUAAAGUUGAGAAGAGAAUAUAUCGAUCCUGACUUUUAUUCCAAUAUUGGAUGGAAUAAGUUUUAGGGUAGAACUUUGUUCAGCUUGGAUUUAAUCUUUUGAAAAAUAAAUUCCUCAUUUACUUGUUUGAUUAUAAUUCUCUUUGUUAUCUUUAAGAGGUAAGACUGCAAGGUGACUAGCAUGUUCUGUGAAUCUGCCAUUCCUAAAAAUUUUAUAAACACUUGAUACUUUUCACUGAUAAUUGAUCGCUGCAAUAAAUAUAUAUUGUGAAAAUGCAUCCACAAUAAAUGGAAUUCCUCCAAACGUC